UCUGCAUGUGACAUGUGUUCAUUUUAGUGUGAACACAUUUAUUACAAUGAUUCUACAUGUGUCCAGUUUAGUGUGAACGCAUUUAUUACAAUGUUUCUCCUUUAAUAUAUAAGAGAUUAAUUGAUACACUAUUAAUUAACUAGUGGUUUUAAAAUAUGUUCAUAGACAAAUAUAUAAUAUACACAUGUCUAAAAAUGAGAAUACCAAAUUAAUGAUUAUAUAAAAUAUCAGAUUUUCUUACUUUGUGUUAAAGAUUUACAAUAUAUGAAUCCAAAAGGUAAUACAGUCUAAAUAAAAUUUAACAGAAAAAAUCUACCUAAAAUACAUUAGCAUCUCAAAUACGUUUUAAAUGUCCAAAUCUCUGUACUUGUCCACGUAUUUAAGUUGGAGAUUAUAUACUCAAUUUGUCUAACAUAUUAGUGUAAUUCAUAACAUUAACAGUAUCUUGUACAUAUAAUUUUGAUUUCUUUUCUUUUGGGGAAAACAAUUUACCUAUAGUUGAUUUUAAAAGUUCAUUUCCAAAAUGAUACGUGUCACAUAACUACAUAAUAUAGAGAUAAUAGCUAGAAAACGUGUUACAACAAAAAAGUAACUUUUAAUUCAUUUUACUAUUUUCCCUCAUCAUGCCAGCGUUAUAUAGGUUCUUAUAAAUAAGAAGAAAAGACGAGACCAUCUUUUCAUAACUUUUAAAAUCUUCAGAACGAAUAUUGAUAGAGAGAAAAAAAAAUGGUGAGACCACGACUGCUUGUAGUGUCGAUGUCGCUUCCGGUUACUGCAAAGAGGACCGGAGAAGAAGCUUGGUCUUUCACCAUGAGUCCUGGUGGUCUAGUUAGUGCUCUUCUAGGUUUGAAAGAGUUUGAGACCAAAUGGAUUGGCUGGCCUGGAGUCGAUGUUCAUGAUGCGGUUGGAAAAAAGGCACUCUCCAUUGCUCUAGCUGAAAAGGGGUGUAUUCCGGUGUUUCUGGAGGAAGUUUGUGAUCAAUACUAUAAUGGCUAUUGCAACAAUAUCCUGUGGCCGAUUUUUCACUACUUGGGAACCCCACCAGAAUAUCGUAACGAUGGAACCAUAACAUACCAGUCACAGUAUGAUGCAUACAAGAAAGCAAAUCGUAUUUUCUUUGAUGUGGUAAACGAGCAUUAUCAAGAAGGAGAUGUGGUUUGGUGCCAUGAUUACCAUGUUAUGCUUCUUCCUCAAUAUCUAAAAGAAUACAACAGUAAGAUGAAAGUUGGAUGGUUUCUCCAUACGCCAUUCCCUUCCUCCGAGAUGUACAAAACCUUGCCCUCAAGAUCAGAACUGCUUCGUUCUGUUCUUACUGCUGAUUUAGUCGGUUUCCAUACGUAUGAUUUUGCAAGACAUUUCGUGAAUGCAUGCAUGUGUAUUCUUGGAACCGAAGCAACAUCUGAAGGAGUUGUGGAUCAGGGCAAAUUCACUUCUGUAGAAGUUUUUCCCAUUGGGAUAGAGCCUGAGAGGUUCAUAAACACAAGUAAACUCUCUGAGGUCACAGAAUACAUGAAGAAGUUCAAAUCAGAUUUUGGGGGAAGAAAGUUGAUACUAGGUGUUGAUCGUCUCGACACGAUCAAAGGGAUACCGCAUAAGUAUCAGGCAUUUGAGAAGUUUCUUGAGGAAAAUGAAGAUUGGCGUGGUAAAGUUUUGUUACUUCAGAUUGCAGUGCCAACAAGGAAUGGUAUUGGUGAAUAUCAAAAGAUCAAAGACCAAUGUCAUGGAGUUGUUGGACGUAUUAAUGGUCGUUUUGGUUCUAUCUCUUCCGUUCCAAUAAUUCACCUGGAUUGUUCUAUUCACUUUCAUCAACUAUGCGCACUUUACGCCAUCACAGAUGUAUUACUUGUAACAUCUUUGAGAGAUGGAAUGAACCUUGUGAGUUCUGAGUUUGUUGCCUGCCAAAAAGGGGAAAAAGGAGUUCUCGUUCUAAGCGAGUUUGCAGGUGCUGGUCAGUCACUUGGUGCUGGAGCUCUUCUUGUGAAUCCUUGGAACAUUAAAGAAGUUUCUAAUGCCAUUGGAGAAGCUCUAAUCAUGUCACCCGAAGAAAAGGAGAAAAAACAUCAAAUCAAUUUUCAGUAUGUGAAAACACACUCUACUCAACAGUGGGCAGAUGAUUUCAUGAAUAAACUAAACGAGGUUACAAGUAAAGCGGAGCUAGAAACUGGAAAAGCCCCACAUGAACUUCCACAACAUGAUGUGGUUCAACAAUAUUCAAAGUCUAAGAAUAGGCUGCUAAUUCUUGGCUUUUAUGGAACACUUACUAAGCCAAACAAAAACCAAGAGAGAAAAGACGAAGGAAUGAAUCUUGAACUUCACCCACAGCUAAAAGAAAGGCUAAAAGGAUUAUGCAGUGAUCCCAAAACAACAGUAGUUGUCCUGAGUAGAAGUGAAAAAAGCGUAUUGGAUCAAAACUUUGGAGAGCAUGAUAUGUGGUUAGCCGCGGAAAACGGAAUGUUUCUAAGGCAUACAGCUGGGGAGUGGGUGACGAAAAUGCCAGAAAACAUGAACUUGGAAUGGAUUGAUGGUGUCAAGCAAGUAUUCAAGUACUUCACUGAAAGAACACCAGGAUCCUACUUCCAAGCAAGCGAGACUUCGGUUGUAUGGAAUUACCAGUAUGCAGAUGCUGAAUUUGGGAGAGCUCAAGCAAAAGAUAUGUUGCAACACUUGUGGGCUGGACCAACCUCUAAUGCAUCAGUGGAUGUUGUCCAAGGACGUUACUCUGUUGAAGUCCAUUCGGUUGGUGUAACAAAGGGAAGUGCAAUGGAGCGUAUCCUCGGAGAAAUAGUACUGCAAAAUAAGUCGAUAACCACACCAAUUGAUUAUGUCUUAUGCAUUGGUAAUUUCUUGGGGAAGGAUGAGGAUGUUUACACCUUCUUCGAGCCCGAGUUAACCAAGAAAACCAUGUCUUCUCCUUAUUAUGGUAGUGGCCCCCUCAAGAAGGUGUCAUCGACCCUUGUUGACGUAAAGGGAGACAACUACUUCUCUGUGGCUAUUGGGAACACGCACACAAAGGCUAGCUAUUUCCUUGACUCAUCUGAUGAUGUUGUGCAGUUGAUCCACAAGCUUUGCACACACAAUAAUCCUUGACUCAUCAUCAUAUGGUGCCCUGAUGAUCCUCUUAGAAUUUCUUUUUUGGCUAAAUGGCACUAUUAAAGACUUUUAUUUACUAGUCUUUACCUUUGCAAAACUCAUUAUUGUUCUCUGCUUUUCAGUUUCUCACAUUGUCUCUUUGACUCGUUUACUAUUUCUCUCUUUGUCUUUUU